AUGAAUGUUAUCGCAUUAUUCUUACUCAUACAGACUGUUCUGCAGGCAUGUGCUUCGCCGGUAAAUUUGGAUGUUGGCAGUACCAACCACCCGGACUUUUUCCUGGAAACUGAACAGGAAUGCACAUUGACUAGGAGCGUUUAUAGACCUAAAAGGGGUAGAGCAGAAGUUAGAGUAUCGCACAGAGGAGGACUCCUGUGGAGUACAGGAGAGAAGGACGAAUGUGUAAAUGUGCAAGUCUUCUCCAGGGACAAGUUACCUCUCUUCCUCCACAUUGUAUUCACAAGAAAUGAUGUACUUGAGGAUGCCUAUUAUGUAUACAAGAAGAAAUGGGAGAUGUGUAACGAGAAUGCAUUCAAAGAGGCACUGGAAAGGGAGAGAAUACAGACCUUGAAGAUCGACUCUCCUAACCCAUUACUUGGGACUUUACAGAGAAAUGACACUUUAAUCGGAGAAGAAACGUUUGUAUCUGACGAUAAAUGCAGUAUUGGCAAAGUGGAACAUAAUGGAAAGACUUUAUGGGAGGGAAGAAGAGGAGAUUCAUUCCUCUCAUACAUGCUCAUUUCAGAGAAUGGAAAGGCGAGUCUACUUAAUUUAAUGUAUAAAAGGGACGGCAAACAGUUUGAAUUAUACUACCACUAUAGUGGAGACUGGAUUGCGUAUACAGGUGAGUAUAGGGAUGCCUUUGACAAGAGAGAGAAAAACAUUCUGGAGAUCAACUUCCCUAAUUCAUUACUCGGAAAUCUGACAAAGUACGGAGAUCCAGCAUACGAGGCUAUAUUCAUCUCUAAUAACGAAUUUAGAAUUACCAAACUGAGGGAUAAUGGAAUUACUAUAUGGGAGGCUAAAGAAGGGGAAUGUUUUAUUUAUUCUAAACAAUUUUUGGAUAAUGGCAAAGCAACUCUUCUCCAAUUGGUAUCAACCAGUAGCAAAUACUUUUAUGAGCUUUCUGAUGGCACAUGGAAGAAGAUUACGAAAAAAGAAUUUGAGCAACAGUCAAUGGUAAAAAUGGCCAUCGAUGUAGGUAACCGGAAGAAUGGCGCAUAUAAAGUCUUUGAACACCAAUUUCUCAAUGUUCCUGCAACAAAGUUCACUUCAAACACAAAUACAAGGCUCGUAUAUGAUUCUGGAAGACUCGUUUAUAAAGUGCGUUCAGGAUUUAAACUGAACAAGGUAACCCUUUAUAACACAGGCACACAUAUUUUGAUGGAUAUAAAUUAUACUGAAUUCGACGAAGAAAAUCAUGCUCAUUUUAUAAAAACUAAUGGGUUAUGGAAGACGAUCCUAGGAACUGACUUUGACAAAAUAUUGCAAAGGGUUACGACUCCAAUAAUACCAAAUCAAAUAUCUCUAGACAUUAGAAUUCCAGAUGAAAGGAUUUGUAGAAUAGAGAAUACAGGGGAUCCAGUCUGUGAGAGAGUUAUAAUUCCAAAGAAUGAAUAUCGUGUAACAAAGGUAACUGAUGGGAAAAAUACCAUUUGGGAAGCCAGCGGAGACAAACACAUUUUAAAAGCAACGGUUUACUUGGAGAAUGGACAACCUGUUCUUUUAACCUUGAAGCAUUCAAACGUUGAAAGAAACUACAAAUUCUCAAAUGGUUCGUGGAGUAAAGUUAGUUGUAACUGCACCUUUAACCGUAAAGUUAAGGGCCUAAAGGGUAGAGUAGCUAGCAAAGUAAUGGAUGAAAGAAAAACGAUUGACGUGAAUAAAAGGGAGAGCACCUUUUACAGUUGCUCAGAGUACAUUGAAUGUGGUAUUCCUACGGUCUCCUUUACUCCAAGAGAAAAAGUUAUGGCCAUCAAGGAUGGACAUAAUAUCAUUCACAGAUUUGAAAAGGAAGUAGAAAAUCCAACCAUACGUCUACAUGUUGCAAAGUACCUCAAACUACUCGCUGUAAGUUAUCUACAACAUAACAGAUUCAAGAGUAAUGCCACUAUUAAUCUCCAUUUCGAAAAUGUACACGGCAUAUGGAGAAGCAUUGACCAUGACAGAUUCACAGAACUAUUCAGAGAUGCUUCAGAAAAGCUUAUAGCGGAUGCUCUGGAGAAGGAUACAGAAAACACUCUUGCUAAUUCCAGAAAGGGGAGUAAAUCUUUGGAAAGGUCACAUUAUAAAGAUUGUACUUUAGCACCUCCCGGAAAUAUUCUGGAUAUAAUGGCAAGUAUAGUCACAGGUAUGUUUAUGGAUGGCGAUAGAUUAGAUUUAAAAGAUCCCUUUGUCAAGGUUACCCCCAAAGAGGAUCAGAAACUCACAGAAAUCAACGAAUCCGGGCAAUGCAUCUGGAGAGCCUCUGAAGAAGAAAAAUGUAUAGCAGUUUGGAUAGACUAUAAAAACAAUAAUGCAAAGCUCAUUGAUAUUUUGCUCUUCUAUACGGAUGAACUUCACAAGUACUUUGAGAAGCUAGAUGGAUCAUGGAAAGAGAUUGAUGAAGAAGAAUAUAAAUUAUUACAAUCUCUACAGGACAAAGAUCCGUAG